ACAGAAGAAGAAGCAGCUUUGUGUUGAUGCGCCACAUCCCAAUUUUCAUCAACAAAAACAAAAAGAAUUCCUCCUUUUCACUCACAGUAUCUUCUGAAACGAACAGUUAUCACGUUACUCGUUCGUUUGUUUACAUUUUCCAGACGGUAAAUUGAGUUUAUCGGCUUAAAUUUGCGUGGCGGUGGAGUUUGUAAGUAGCUUAGCGGUCGUUAGCUUUUUGUUUGCGCCGUCGAUGUUUCCUCCGAGUCGGACAUGUUGGACGGAUCAGCGGGGCACGGAGACAAAGUCAGCGUCCGGAACGCGGAGAACAACAACCCGGUGAUCGGAACCGGCGAUGGGCUGAAGAAAGGAGGCCGGAAAGUGAAAGGAGCCCGAAACAGGCCGACUGUGCUCCUGUGUGACGUCAAUAACAACAGCGGCGGAGCUCCGCAGCUCGGGAGCGAGCUGCCCUCCGGGGCCGUGUUCAGCCUGCACCACCACAGACAAGGAGCCAAGAAAGAGCUGCUGAAAUCCAACAGAUCCAGCAGACUGGAUCGAGGGGUGGGGCAACCAGGAUGUCCACCUGCCCGCAUACUGGCCAGACACGAGCAAUUCACUCAAAAUGUGAUGCAUCGGAGCAGCUUGGGCAAGCCUGGUGCUGCUCAUGCUGUAAGAUCAAAAGAUCACAGCAGCCACAGCAGACGUUCCUCCUCCCAACAGAAGAUACCCCUCUACCCCUGCAACAGUGUGAAGCUAGCAAAGGUUCAGGCCAAAGCGGUGCCUGAAUACCUCAAAGAUGCUGAGAAGGUGUACGCUGGAGCCAAGUUCAGUGAGCCACCCUCACCCAGUGUUUUACCGAAACCCCCCAGCCACUGGGUCGGCGAUACCUGCCAUCCUUGGAGCAACCAAAGCCAAGAGCAAAUGACUGUUCAUUUAAAGUCACUUCUGAAGGUCCAAGUUGAGUCAUGACCUCAGUGGAGCCAGUGUACCUGUCAGCUGAGGAACAUCUGACACCAAGAAUCUGAAAAUUACCAUUGAAGUAAACCGAGUUCACCCCUUUAACACACUGCAAUAGAAUGUAGUUUUUAAUUAAUUGUCAUUAAAUAUUCUGUAGGCAGGACAAGGUGCUGCCUGCAUCCAUGUUUUGGUGAAACGGUCACUGCCUUCAGUACCACAAACGUAAAACCCUUUUUGGACAUGUAAAGUGGAACAUUGCAGGAAUUAUGUUGUCAUGAUUGUAUUUAGACUUUGAAAGAUGUCUGCAGCAAAGUUCCUUCAUGACUCUGUUCAAAUUACAAUGUAGGAUCAUUUACAUUAUUGAGUAGUCGUUUACCGUUUAAAGUAAAAUACCCCAAAAAUAUUUUUAAAACAGUCAAUUUGUCCCAUACACAGACUCAGCUAGUACACAUAAUGUCUCACAUCGAGGUGAAUGUGAGGCAUUAUUUGUAAAGCUUUUUGUCUGUUGCAGAUGGAAAAGCACUGUUAAAAAUGCAGUCCAUUUACUCUUUUAUUCCCCCAAAAUUCACAUACACACAGACACACACACAUAUAUAUAUAUGUGUGUGUGUAUGUAUGUAUGUAUGGAAAAAAUUUUUUCGGCAAAAGCAGUAUCUCAAUGUAACUAGCUUAAGUCCAGGUGUUUGAACUUAAACUGCGUUUAUGCUGAUGUCAUGUCCACAUCUGCAUCCACACUGACAUGAAUCAUGAAGGAGUUUUGACAGAAAUGUUACUUGAGCUUACUUAGUAAAAUUUGUCGACUUGCUGGCAACCAAUUGUCUGAAAGGGUCAGAUGUUCGCUGGCUGUGUGUUGAUAAAUGACGGUUCAAAUCUGACCUGAGAUUGUUGAGCCAAUCCUUGUUGCAUUUAAAACAUAACUGCAUGGAGCUUCAUCUCGGUCAGUGACUCAGUCCGAGUGUUGAAGAUGAAAGGCACUUUUUUCUGUGAUCUCUUCUAAAAAGGCAGCCUUGUGUUAAUUUUUAAGAGCUCCUGUAAAUGUACAUAAUAUACUGUAAGCAUAUAUUUGUGUCCAGUUAUUUUCCAUCUUCAUUUUAACUGAGAUUCUAGUUUUGUUACUGAACUAUUUUCAGAAAGUCCCCUGUGAACUGAGGCACUUUGCUACAGCUCCUGCAGUGUCCGCUGAAAGACUUUUUACUGUUUUGCACUCAGAGAAAGGGCAGGGAACAGAUGCCUCAAUGUUCCAAAGCUUGACCUGCCACUUUGAUCAACUCACCAGCUUCCAGAUUUGAGCUGGUCUCCUUUCAGAAUGGCUCAGGUCCUGAACAAAGCUAACAGCCAUGAACAGAAACUACAAGCAGACAGCUGGUGACAAAGUUCUUCUGUCAGUUGGUAGAAAAUGGAGAGACCAAUUGGAGACUGUGAAGCUUCCCGAGGCCUCGGUGAACUAACUUGAAAAGUCUCAGGUGUGUUCAUGUUAUUUCAGAAAUGAAACUGCUAUACAAGUUAUUUUUAUGAUAGCUAGAUUGGAGAGCCAGAAUCAUGAUAGGCUAGGCUAGUUUGCUGGUCAGCUAGCAUGGUUGCUACCCAGAAGACAAAUUCCAAGAAAGGAUUUAUUUAUUUUAUUUUUUUUUUUGCAUUAUCCAUUAUUGUCUUGUAACUGACAAAUGAAAACUAUGUGUGCUUGAGUAGAGUCGCAUCUUAAACACUGAUUAUGUGGCGUGAUGAGCUAAUAUUUUAGCGGCAUUCACUUUGGACACUUCUCAUGUGGCGUUGGCCACUGCAAGCUGAGAGUGGGUUUUCCCAAAUCCUUAGACCCUUGACUGUGCCCCAGCCACACCCAUGUUUAAUGGUGUCAGCCCCACUGUGGUGAGCAGUCGUUCUUAGUGUUUUGAAGCGAUGUUGACUUGACGUCCACUCGGCUAAGUGGUGCUGGACCUGUUGGUGGUGCCACACUGCAUGAGACCACGAGACACUCCAGAUGAUUGCAGCCUCCUGUGAAGACAGCUGUUCACGUCCACAUGACUGCAUUGAUUUGUUUUUGGUUCUGUUGGGUCGGAUGGCGAGCGUGCACUGCACAAUACUCACGAGAAGCUAAUGUUUCAUAAUUGCAUAAUUUCUGAAUGACGGCUCCAUUUUCAGUUUGGUCAUGUCUCUGAAGUCAGUGCUUGUGCUCAAAAAAAAAAAAAAAAAAAAUUCCAACUGGUUCAGUGAAAGUUUUCAGGGCUUGCCAUGUCGUGUCCGUAACAAAUGGUCACAGUGGAUCCAUGUUUUGCACAGUAACAUGAACACACCUUCACAACCAGCUGCCACCAAAACUGGCGUCCUACAUCAGUGUUGGCGCCUCCGCUGGUUCAAAAACUCAAGUGAAAAUAUCGUGAGAGUAACUGUGUGUGAGCAGCUUGAACAGUCUGUGAAGAUCCACUGAGAAAAUUAUUUAAAAAAAUGAUCAACAUCAGUGUGUAACUUCUGUGAGCCCAUCAGUAUCUGAAGGGUUUUUGUUUAAUUAAUAACUAACCAAUGACAUGUUUCGGCACAAUUUAAAAAUUGUUAUAAUUAAAACCUUUUAAAGAAUUUUUUGAAGAAAAAACAAUUUAUGGUUGUGUCUUUAAAAUAAAUCCACCGAAUUUGAGAUUUUUGCUUAAUUUUAUUUUGUGAAAAGAAAUACUUGGAACACAAAAGUGCUGUAUUCGAAUAAGAAUGAAAAUAAUUUGUGGAUGGAGGAGCAUCAGCGGUGAUGAUUUGUGUUUACGGUGGCUUCAUUUGUCAUAUUUGGCUUGUUUUUCCAGGGACUUGUUUUCACAUCCACCUUUUUUGUUCCAUGUGAUGUUUGUUUGUGUCCCCAGAAUACUUUCAAAGCACAGUGAUGUUUUCUCAGAGUUUGUACUGAAUUUGAGCAGAUGAUCUUCUGGUGACGUGUCUGUUCUCUUUACACAAAUAGCUUGUCUUAAUGGAAAUAUGUUUUGUCAUUAAAAAUGGAAAGUUUUAUUAUGGGAGGAAACGGAAAAAACAUUUUAUUUGCAGUGUUUUAAAGUGGUUUAAUUCCGGUUGAAAAGAAUUGAUCAACAAGAUGCCUCCAUCCAACAAUUCGGGGAAAAAUGUUUGUUUUAUGAAGCGUUUCAUACGUAAAUUUAAAAGAAUAUUAAAAUAUUGAUUACCCCAUCU